AUGCGAAUCAAUGGUGUUGACGGCCCGAAUGCCUGGUGGAGAUGUACUGAGAACUUCGAAUCCCCACUUGUACUCUUCAUAGAUUCGGACCAGGAGAACUGCAUAUUCGGCCAAAGAGGCUUAUACCUCAGGCGCAUUGAGGAACACACCAACACCUUUAUUCAACUGGAGCAGUGGUUUACAGCCUCCGGCCAGACUCGAGUCACUGUGGUUGGGCCCCCCCAAGUCAAGCAGUGGUUGGAAGAUAUGUUUCGGGGCAUAAGCAGCGAGAACCUUUACCUCCAUCUGCUAGGCCUUAGUAUGUUGUGGCAUGUCCAGGAACGGCCCCUGACCAGCGCUGACUUGGAGGACUAUUUCAGGAUGCAGUCGUAA